AUGGUGGCACAGUCUCGAUUGGAGCCGAUGAACGCUUCGCCUCACCAUGCUAAGGUGAGGGUGUCGCUGAAGCUCGCGAACUCCUUGUUCGUGGCGGGAGGGAACAUCACCGGCAAGAUAGAGCUGGAGUGCAAAGCGGACAAGGGCAUGGGCAUCGGAGUCAUCAUGGUCGAGCUCUUCGCUGUCGAAGAGCUCACUGCGCGCGACCAUUCCGGCACAUCGACGUUCUUGCACGUCAAGCGGUUCUUCCAGGGACCAGGGCUGCCCCCCUCGAAUGCUGUACACCCUCCUACUGUGGUAGGAGAUUCUGCCCUUCCAGCUCAUUAUUAUCCUGCUCGCCGCGGGACGACUACGUUUCUCUUCAAAUUACCACUGCCAGAGUCGUCGCCCUCGGCCAUUAACUUUGCCUCUGGCCUUGCACAGGUCAGAUACGAGAUCCGAGCGACAGUUGGCGUCGCUUGGAGAGGGGAGAACAAGCUUGUGUUUGACAAAAAGGCAGUGGAUGUCGUAGAGACACUUCAAACAAAUGCCUCUCGCACGGACCCGGAGGCAGUGGUUGUCAGUGAGAAUGGCAAGAUAUGGGUGCAUGGCAGACUUGCCGGUGGAGUCAUGGUUGCUGGACAGCCGGCCUGCAUCGAGCUGCAAGUGAAGAAUCACUCGACGAAGAAAAAUACGGGCCUUUCGCUCUCAUUGGCACGCGAAUUAGUCAUACCCAUGCGUUCUGAUCCUCAGAAGCGCCCUCUGCAGAUAUCGGACACUUUGACGACAGUAUCGUUCAAUGGCCCUGAAUACAUUAUCCAUCCCGGCGCAGAGGGUGUAGCCCUCCUUGUUUUCGAUCUGCCUGAGCACGCGCGGAGUGUUCAUGGACGGAGUCGCGAAGGCGACGAGGAGGGAAGCAGACAUGUGGACCCCCUUUUCGAGGUGAGAUGUCUCGUCAAUGUGAAAUUGUCGAUGGGCAUUAUAAGCAAGGACAUACUGCUAAGCAUCCCAGCGCCCAUAUUGCAUCCAACUGCUGCAUCUAGUUUGCCUCUCCAAGAACAGCCCAAGCCCGCUGUCCACGCAAUGCCGAUAUAUGACCAUAUGUCGCCCAUGCCAUACGCUUCUUACGCUCCAUCCAGCCCCCGCGUGGGGCGCCCUUUAAGUCCAUAUCCCUAUUCUCCGCCAAUCUCCCCGCCUCCUGAUCCUUAUACAGGCUAUGAUCAGGCUUGGCCACCACCAUUGAUACCUGCGUCACCACUGUACCACGCUUUCUCUCCUCCGCCAAUGUCACCUCCACUGCCAUACCAAUACUACUACUACAACCCCAUGCCACACUCCCUCGUCACGCCGUAUGCCCCGCCACCGCGUCCGUCCAGCACCGAACCGGUUCCGUCGCAGCCCUUCCACGGCUUGCCGCCACCUCUUCCUCCAGUGCCGUUACAGCAACCCCUGUCACUUCUCCACGGCAGCAGUUCAUAUGUUGCGCAACGCGAGGAAGGCAAAGGCGAGCGCGCCUCACGCAUAUCACUCCAUCUCCGCAUGUCGUCACGCCAUCGUUCAGUUUCACCACCGGCGCAUCGUUAUUCUAUACCCGCCGCAUCUGAGCCUGAGCCGCACGCACUUCAGCACCUCACGCCACCAUCAGCCGCGAUUCCUAUACCCGGGGCUUUGACUUCACCCUACACCAAGGGAAGCCCAGUAUCCUCAGCUGGGACUCGUCACUUAUCACCGUCCAUGCCCACAUCCCCUGUGCGCUCGCAAGGCUCUGUAAGGUCUCCGCGUCCUAUACUCUCUCCGAAGCAUUCAUUCUCCGAUGAUCCGUCGAUGCAUGGAACUCAGGUUGAACAGCUUGAGCGCAUCGCCGCGGAGGUGGACGAUGAGAACGCAGACAUGUCCAGCGGAGCUCUUCAUUUGGAGCUGGGGAAGAGGGAUCAGGCGUUACCGCGGGUGCCUGAUCCGAGUCAGAAGCCAAAGUUGCUCUCUGCGCGAGCGGCGGUGGAUACCAUCUUUUCGUCAGAUGGCCUCGACGAGACCCCUCCGACGCCUACAUUAGCUGCGGUGACAUCGCUGAAGGUAACUCGUGCAACUGCGCAUGGCGGCCCAAGUGGUCUGGAUGCCCUGGAGGCGAAGCUGUUAGCAGAAGUGGGGACACGCAAGGUCGAACGGAGUAAUGGGCACGCAGACGUGCGCUCUGUGAUGCCCAUCGCUAUUCCUCGUCCCGCAGAUGCCGAUCCUGCCCUUGAAUCCGCAAUAUCGAGCCUUACUCUACCUGGCCUUGAUGCUGAGGCCAGGACGCCGAGAAUUGGGCCGCCGGACGAGAUCGAUCAUCUGAAAAUAGGCCAGGAGGAGGAAGACGAUGACUAUGCCCUCACAGAGCGAAGGCGAUGGAAGGGAUCAGACCCAGGAAGCCAUGAGACACGGAAGGAUGGAUCAUCCAUCGGCACGAAGAAGUCGAAAGACAAGGAGCGACCAGGCAGGAAGAAGAGCUUCGAGACGGCUAGUACGGGGAAAGGAAAGGAGAUUCGUCAAUUGAAAAUUACGGCUCAAGGACGAGUGGCAGCAUGGCUAGGCAGCAUCGAGCCUGAUGUUCCGCCUCCAUCUAGUACCCCGCCUCCUGUGAGCCCAUCUCCGGAUAUAGGUGAUCAGAAAGAUGUGUUCCGCGUGAACGCCAAGGACCGAGUCGCUGCAUGGUUGGGAAACUUGCGAACAGAGGUUCCACAGCCCUCUGAUCUUACUCCUCCAGCCGGUCCAAGAGCUCCCAUAUACAAAUAUAUUGACGACGUUACCCGUGGAACUGAGGAUGAUAAGCCAAUCUUGAGCGUACAAGAUGCGUCACAGGAGAAGCUUGACGAAACGGUUGAGCCAAAUGUGUCUGCUGCCCCUAAUCCUCGCUCGUCUGGUUUCAUGCCUAUAGGGACGCUUCGCUCGGAGAACUCGCAAGUGAGAGGUGAUAGUAAGCGGCUUACGGCUGCUCAAAUUGAUAGACAUCACCGGAAGGUAAUGAAGGCGCCAGUUAUAUCCCCCCGGUUGACGGUGUACCCUCCUCGACCCGUCGAUCCUGAGGUGCGCUAUGACAUUCGUUCUGCCCGCGGCGGGCGAGGUGGGAAAGUGACAAAGGUAGCUUCGUUAUGGGCAUCUGCAUCACAGCAGAAUGAGAAGGGGACAAGCUCGCCACAAAGUCCCGCGGCGAAGAAUGUCCUCCCUAAGGUCAAGCGGCCUGCCAACGGUGAUGCUACGCCUCGAAACCCGCGGUCUCCUCGCUCUCCUAACAAGGCGAACGCUGCCAGUACACCCGGUGGUAGAAAGACUCCUGUGAAAGAUGCAAAGCGUGCGAUGAUGAUGAAGUCAUCCUCAGUGCCUGCGGCUGUUUCUUCCUCGUUGGCCGUCCCUAUGUUGUCGUCCAUGGCUUCUCUGGCUCGUCCUGUCUCUCCUCCGAAUGAUAGAGUCAAGGCGAACAUUUCUCUAGCAGCUGUUUCAGAGCAAACCGUGCCUGUGAUAGCAGCCGCGAAACGACCUGUUUCUCCUAAGGGCGAGCUCGCAUUCGGUCAGGCCCGCCUCCGUGAACUCAUCAAGCGAUACCAAGGACAAGCUCCCACCUGA